UGUCUCCCAAAUUCAUUGGUGUUUGAUUUGCUUUUUCAGUGUUUUUCACGUUUCCAACAAACUCAUCAUUCAGUUUUGCAUGAUUUUCGUGGCAUUUACCCACCCAAUCUCUCACGCUGUUUGUGUCUUCGCAUCCCUGUUUGCGAGAAGGUGGAGGGUUAGAUCUCAGUUGUUUGGGAUAUAUAAGGAGUUGCAACUCUCCCCUUCUUUGCAGAACAAGCUUCCUGCUUCUCUCUUCCUUUUUCUUGUCAGUCUACUGUAUCUUAGGAGAUUAAAGUACAAACAUGGUGAAGAUCUGCUGCAUUGGAGCUGGAUAUGUUGGGGGCCCAACUAUGGCCGUUAUUGCUCUGAAAUGCCCUUCAAUAGAAGUGGUUGUCGUUGACAUUUCGGUUAACCGCAUCAACUCAUGGAAUAGCGACCAACUUCCCAUUUAUGAACCAGGCCUUGAUGAUGUAGUCAAAGAAUGUCGCGGAAGAAACCUCUUCUUCAGCACUGAUGUAGAGAAGCAUGUUUAUGAGGCUGAUAUCAUUUUUGUCUCCGUGAAUACACCAACCAAAACCCGUGGGCUCGGAGCUGGCAAAGCUGCUGAUCUUACUUACUGGGAGAGUGCUGCUUGGAUGAUAGCUGAUGUCUCCAAGUCUGACAAGAUUGUGGUUGAGAAAUCCACUGUUCCUGUCAAGACUGCAGAGGCCAUUGAAAAGAUCCUAAAUCACAAUAGCAAAGGAAUUCACUUCUCAAUUCUCUCGAACCCGGAAUUUCUCGCUGAGGGUACGGCAAUUCAGGACUUGCUAAAGCCUGAUAGAGUGCUUAUUGGUGGACGGGAGACUCCAGAGGGCCAGAAGGCUGUUCAGGCACUAAAAGAAGUAUAUGCUCACUGGGUGCCUGAGGAUCGGAUUAUCAUUUCAAAUUUAUGGUCAGCGGAGCUUGCCAAGCUCGUCGCUAAUGCCUUCUUGGCCCAGAGAAUCUCAUCAGUGAACGCCGUUUCUGCUCUUUGUGAGGCCACCGGAGCUGAUGUUACCGAGGUAGCAUACUCUGUCGGAAAGGAUUCUAGAAUUGGGCCAAAAUUUUUGAAUGCCAGUGUUGGGUUUGGGGGGUCCUGUUUCCAAAAGGACAUUUUGAAUCUGGUGUAUAUCUGUGAGUCCAAUGGUCUUGCUGAGGUUGCCAACUACUGGAAGCAAGUUAUCAAGAUCAAUGACUACCAGAAGAAUCGGUUUGUGAAUCGUGUCGUCUCCUCCAUGUUCAACACUGUUUCUGGAAAGAAGAUUGCUGUGCUUGGAUUCGCUUUCAAGAAGGACACUGGCGACACAAGAGAGACCCCUGCGAUCGACGUCUGCAAAGGUCUAUUAGGUGACAAUGCGACAAUCAGUAUUUAUGAUCCUCGAGUUACAGAAGACCAAAUUCAGCGAGACCUGGCAAUGAACAAGUUCGAUUGGGAUCACCCGAUACAUCUGCAAUCACUGAGCCCGACAUCAGUGAAGAAGGUACGCGUAACAUGGGACGCGUACGAGGCUGCAAAUGGAGCUCAUGGAGUCUGCAUUUUGACCGAAUGGGAUGAGUUCAAGCAACUGGACUAUCAGAGGAUCUAUGACAACAUGCAAAAGCCAGCAUUUAUCUUUGAUGGGCGCAACGUAAUUGAUCCGGAGAAGCUCAGGGAGAUUGGCUUCAUAGUAUACUCCAUCGGGAGGCCACUCAAUCCCUGGCUUAAGAACUUGUCUGCUGCAUCUUAACUUAAAGACUCAACAGUUAUACUGCAGUUUCAAUGUUUCAGAAUUAACUAUUCUUUGUUUCCCAGUUUUCGUUAUGGUCGAAUAAUGUGUGAGAUGUUCUUGUCUACCUAAGAUCGAUAGCUUAUGAACUUCUUGUUCUUGUUCACAAGAGUUGAGUGUUAAACCUUUGUUUGCUAUUAAUGGUAAAAUAUAUCCAUUUGAAUUA